AAGAUGCUGCCUCCUUCAACCUUCUCCAGCAUGUCCUGGAUGCUUCUGUCCUGCCUGAUGCUCCUAUCUCAGGUGCAAGGUGAGGACUCCCAGAAGGAUGUACCUGCUGCUCGCAUCAGCUGUCCCAAAGGCGCCCAGGCCUAUGCCUCUUACUGCUAUGCCUUGUUUAAAUCACCCAAAUCCUGGACUAGUGCCGAUUUGGCCUGCCAGAAGCGGCCCUCAGGUCACCUUGUGUCUGUGCUCAGUGGGGCUGAGGCAUCCUUCGUGUCUACUCUGGUCAAGAACACAGCGACUACCUACCAAUAUGUCUGGAUGGGGCUCCAUGACCCCACACUGGGUGAGGAACCCAAUGCAGAUGGCUGGGAAUGGAGUAACUCUGAUGUGCUGAACUAUCUGAACUGGGAAAGGAACCCUUCCAUUUAUGCUGAUCGUGGUUACUGUGGGACCCUGUCACGAAACUCAGGAUUCCUGAAGUGGAGAGACUAUAACUGUGAUACACAAUUACCUUAUGUCUGCAAAUUCAAGGGCUAAGCAAAUGGGAAUCUGCAUCCAGCAUCAUCAAGAAGCUCAUCAUAGACUAGAGAACAAGUGUGAAGACUAAGAAGGCCAUGGUCUUCCCACAUCUAGAUCUGACUUUCCCUCUUCUCUUUUCUCUAUCCAAUUUACAAUCCCUCUACCAUUGGGGUGGACUCUGGUCAGAAAAAUCCAUAUUAAAGACUUUUUUUUCAUA